GACUUUUUAGCUGGAACGCGAGGACUGAAGUUGUGUGAUUUGUUUUAUUUGGUCUAUUUAGUGUUUCUUCGGGUUGAAAUGUGUAAUAAUGGUGGUUUAUUAACUGUUUAAUAUCUGUGAAAGUGCACAAAUGUGGGAAAAUAGAACAAAGUCGCUGGAUGUAACUUCUCGGGAUCCUCCAAAAAGUCCACUGAAAAAAUCUCAAUAAAUGACCACCAUUUUACUGAGAUUACAUUUCAUUUAAUUUCAUCCCAGUUGAUUAAUGUCUCAAAUUAAUUAUCUUCAUUUCAUUUCAUUCACUCCAUAUUAACAUUUUUCAUAAAAAUAAGAAUUUCAAUUAAAAUAAGACAUGACUUAAAGGUCUUAGUUACCAGGUCAUAAAACCCCUUAAAAAACAUACAUACCUAGCACCUAGCACUUGAUUGAUAAACCUUGAAAUGCAAAUAAAAGUUGAUUUUAAACUUUAAAUUUUAGUAAAUAAUUAAUAAUGGCUGAUGAAGAUGACCCUAAAGAGUAUCGAUGGGAAACUGGUUAUGAAAAAACUUGGGAGGCUAUUAAAGAAGAUGAAGAUGGGUUGGUUGAAAGCCUGGUGGCUGAAUUUGCCCAGAAAGCAGCACGUAAAGCAGCUGCUCCUCGUAAAGGUCCAGUCAGACUUGGCAUGAUGAGGCAUUUACUUUUAGCCAUAGAUUGUUCUGAGGCUAUGAGCUCCCAAGAUUUGAAACCUUCACGGUUUCUGUGCACAUUGAAGUUGCUCGAGAAAUUUGUUGAAGAGUUUUUUGACCAGAAUCCUCUCAGUCAGCUUGGUUUAAUAGCAAUGAAGAAUAAGAGAGCUGAGAAAAUAACUGACCUAUCUGGAAAUGUCCGGAAACACAUUAAAGCCAUACAAGGUUUAUCCAACACUCCGCUGACUGGAGAGCCAUCAUUACAAAAUACGCUAGAGCUGGCUGGGCGAAUCCUAAGGCCUCUGCCUGGACACGCGUCAAGAGAAUUACUAGUGCUUUUCGCAUCCCUUACAACUUGCGAUCCAAGUGAUAUAAACACUACCAUAGAAACACUAAAAACAGAUGGAAUUAGAUGUUCUGUUAUUGGUCUAGCUGCUGAAGUGCGGAUUUGCAAAAAAAUGUGUCAAGACACUAAUGGAGAUUAUGGUGUGGUAUUAGACGAUUGUCACUACCAGUCACUGCUACUAGAGUACACGUCGCCGCCGCCCCGCGCCCGCUCGUUGGACGCGGGCCUGGUGAAGAUGGGCUUCCCGCAUUCAACGCCGCUCGAGGAACAAGCCGACCCAGGGGCUAAUGUCGAUCCACCUAUUACUGUUUGUAUGUGUCAUUUGGAGGAAGGCGAAGGUAUAGGCGGCGAGGGUCACCUGUGUCCGCAGUGCCGCUCCAAGUAUUGUUCGUUGCCAGCUCAGUGUCGCACCUGCGGCCUGACACUCGCAUCAGCACCACAUCUUGCAAGAUCAUACCAUCACCUGUUUCCAGUGGAACCUUAUGAAGAAUUAGAUAAUGAUGGCCAGGCGCAGUAUUGUUUUGGAUGCUUAAGAACCUUCACCGAUAUAGACAAGAAGAUACAUCGUUGUCCCCGAUGUAAAGAGUACUACUGCUGGGAGUGCGAGGGCGCGGUGACGGCCACGCUGCACGUGUGUCCUGGCUGCGCCACCAGACCUCAUUUGUACCAGCGGCUACCAAGCACGACCUCAUCGUAAUAAAUGAAUUAAUAAAUGAAUAAAUGAAUGAA